AUGGCUCCAGGAAGGAAGGUGCGAGCAAAGGCGCGACCACCCCCAGAAGCACCAUUAACUGAAUAUGAAAAGAUGAGGGACAAAGAAAUAAUGAAGAACAACCAAAAGAUGGCAUCGCUUGGGAUUCGAGGAAUAGCAAACCAAAUGAAGAAAAAAGUGCAAGGAGCAAGGACAAUGGUCCUGAGCUUUCAGGGUCUUUAUUCAACCCUCAGGGCAGUGAUGGUGGUUGCUAAGGAUGCCCAAGAUAGUGUUAACUUCUCUGCUGGGGGUUCAAGAACAUUAGAGAGAGUGGUGGCACCUCAGCAACAAGAGGGAACUACUAUAGUCACUAGGCAAACAACUGCUGCUACCCUAAGAAUUACUGCUGCCACACGUGACGAAGUGGUGCCUACUGCUAGUGCAAGCCAGAAUGAGGACAUUAUCCACCUUAGUGAUGCAGGCAAGUCCAUCCUAGAUUGGGGUUUCUAUUUCACGUACAAUAACUCCAACGACACAAGAGGUGCAAAGAGGAGUAACUAUGGGCAAAGAAUUGGACUGUUUAACCAGAGGGAUAAGUGUGUCAAGAACCAACUUGAUCGUGAGAAAGUCCAAUUUCAGCAGCGAACAGGCUCUCGGUGCUACAUUGCAUCUGCCUAUGUUGCGAAGCAAGAAAAGUAUAAAGAUACAGAGCCCACUGCAAUUGAUUUGUUCAAGGCUUCUAUGGAAACAAUUCAGGCUGAACCACUACAAGAAGGACAGCAGCCAAAGUCUGAUAUUCAAGUUGUUGCCCAAGUUCUGCCACAGUCCAGUACAUUCCUUCAAAAUAUCGGCCUUCAAUAUAGCUCUGGAACAAGCUCAAGGGAUGUUGUUGCUUCACAAGUGCAAGAGCUACAAGCUCAACUUGAGUCUGAGAAGCAAGAAAAGUCGGGACUUCAGCUACAAGUAGACACCUUAAAGAUGCAUGCAGAAGAAUCUGAGGCAACAAUGGCAAAGCAAUCAGAGGAGAUCCAGAAUUUGAAGAAGGCACAAGAAGAAAACAACAAUCUCCUUCGGCAGCUCAUAAGCUUCAAACAGGUUUAG